UACAGCCUUUCACACCGACGACAAACGCCUGGAAAGCACACAUUGUUCGAUUAACGUAUUUUAAUACUAGAAACUGGCUUGUUUUAAGCUGUGUAAUACUGUCAGAGGAUGAUGGAGAGACGGAUCGUACUUCACAGCUUCGGCUUUGUCUUUUUCUUUGUUGCGGUGCACUACGCACAUGGAGACCUGAGCUAUUCUGUACAGGAGGAGCUCAAGCGCGGAUCUGUUAUUGGAAAUAUCGCCAAGGAUCUCGGCCUGGAGGUGGGCAGACUGUCUGCUCGGAAAGCUCGUGUUGACAUGGAGGGAAACGACAGACAAUAUUGUGGGAUUAACCUACGAAGCGGAGAUUUAAUCGUUGCUGAACGAAUCGACAGAGAGGAGCAUUGUGGAGAAAAGCCUUCGUGUGUUCUCAAAUUCGACCUGCUGUUAGAGAAUCCACUGGAAUUACACCGGCUGUCCCUGCAGGUGCAGGACAUAAACGACAAUGCGCCAGUUUUCCAGAAGGAGACUGUAAAACUGGAAAUCACAGAGUCAGCUACGAAAGGAGCUAGGUAUCGCAUCAAUGCAGCACACGAUGCUGAUAUAGGCAAGAACGCGGUUGAAAACUACAUUUUGCAACAAAACCCUCAUUUUGUGUUCAGUACUCAGACGACCAAUGCUGGUAGUAAAUACGGUGAGUUGGUUUUAGAUAAAGAGUUAGACCGAGAGGAGCAGCAGGAAAUGAAAUUAUUGCUCACAGCUGUGGAUGGUGGCUCUCCUCAGAGAUCAGGGACUGUAGUCAUACACGUCAUUGUGCUGGAUGCUAAUGAUAACGCUCCAGUUUUUACUGAGGCCGUAUAUACAGCCACGGUACCGGAAAACUUACCGAUGAAAACCCCAGUUAUCACUGUGAGUGCAUCAGACGCAGACGAAGGUGUAAACGGAGAGGUUACAUAUGAAUUUAGCCGAUUGUCUGAUAAAUCACGAAAGCUUUUUUCACUAGAUGAGAAAACUGGAGAAAUCAGUGUGACGGGUGACAUAGAUUAUGAGGAGGGAUCGAAAUAUGAAGUAAUGGUUGAGGCCAAAGAUGGUUAUGGUCUCUCUUCUGAAGCCAAAGUCAUUAUUGAUAUCACUGAUGUGAAUGACAAUGCCCCGUUGAUUUAUCUUAAAUCACUGACUAACCCCAUACCUGAGAAUGUGUCACCUGGUACAGAGGUGGGCAUCAUUAACGUGCAGGAUAGAGACUCUGAGAAUAACAGACAGGUCCGCUGCUCCAUUCAGCAAAACGCCCCUUUUAAAUUGGUUCCUUCUAUCAAAAACUAUUAUUCUCUGGUGACCACAGGACAACUGGACCGUGAAGUAGUGUCUGAUUACAACAUUACAAUCACUGCCAGUGACGAGGGCUCUCCACCUCUGUCCUCCUCUAAAACUGUUGAGUUAUCUGUAGCAGACAUCAACGACAACCCACCUGUGUUUGAGGAACAGUCGUACAGCGCAUAUGUGAGUGAAAAUAACAAACCUGGCUCCACUUUAUGUUCCGUUAGUGCUCGAGACCCCGACUGGAGACAAAACGGUACAGUGAUUUAUUCUCUGUUACCCGGUGAGGUGAACGGUGCCCCGGUGUCGUCCUAUGUGUCUGUUAACGGAGACACGGGGGUGAUCCACGCUGUGAGGUCGUUUGAUUAUGAACAGUUGAGG